CCGCCUGGCAGUGGCCAGCAGUUGGUGUCUCAUGUACACUAGUGCCACUAUCACCCUCUGAGAGUUGCCUAGCGUGGCACCUCUGCCUACAAGCACACCAUCUCUACGACACACCUGCCUGACCCACCACAACAACAACAACACACACCCGGGUCACUCCUCUCAUAGGAUAACUGUGGAUGACGUUUCACGUGACCAGGAAAAAAAGCAAUGGGGAUUUUUACACCAGUAAGCUAUAUCCUGUGGUGUCGAAACUGAUAUUACAGUCAUGUACUGCUGCUGUAGUUAAGGCAUACAGUUAUCUCCAAGGCUGAAAGAACGGAGGAAUACAAGACGUUUGUAACGUGGAAAUUUUGAAGGAGAGAGAGAGAGAGAGAGAGAGAAAGAAAGAGAGAGUUGAUCAGAAAAGUUUUCUUGUCUUCCUCCGUCAAGGAGGUGACAGUUUAAGACAUGGUGCUGUUAAUGACAGUGUGAACAGUUAACAUCACACUCAGACACAAGGAAGCUACAGUCUCAGACGUGAUGUUGAAAGCAAGCAAAAAAAAAAUAUAUAUAUAAAAUUAUCUUAAUGAGUCGACUAGUUGGUUGGCCUUGACGUCCAACUAGUGUUGACCUUUAUACUGUGUUACUAGACGCUGUUGUUUGCAUCUUACUAGUUGUAGUGCGUGACCUAGUGAUAGUGAGGAGCUACUUGUGUUCCCGUCGGGACAGUGCCUGGCACUGGCGAUUCAGAAGUUGCAGAGAGGCCAGUUAGUGUCGAUGGGGUGCUGGUGAGUGGCGUGCCGUCACUCACAGCCAGUGACUGAGGGACAUUUCAAGCCUCGACAGUGACAGGAAAUGUUUCACUGAAGGCAGCACAUGCUGACACAGCUCCCUCCCUCUCCCCCCCUGUCACACACACCACACACACACACACACACACACACACACACACACACACUCUACGAACACACAGCACCACCACGAACGCCCAUUUACACUAGGAAAAAUCCCCACCACAGUGACCACCCCCUUACAACAUUAGCUAAAACAGUAACGAUUGCUUAGAAUUUCAGACCGGAUUGCCCCUUCCUCACGUUAGCUCUCCUAAUAUUAAACUUAACAUUACAAGGAACUACGACUCUGUGAAGCCAGUGUGGACGAUCAACACUUAGAGAGGGUGUAGCAGGGAGAGGCCAGGUCACUGGGCAUCAUCAUACCCUCCAGCCCAGCCUCCUCUGCCUCACCUCACCUAAUUACCUGCUGACUCACAUAGCCGACUCGUCUAAGCUACUCACCUAGGCGACUCACCUGGCCGUGGCGUCACCUGCUUCACACACGGGUGAGAACAGUCUGGUCAUCUUCAAGCUGCAAGCUUCCGUGUCUUCAGACUGUGAGUCUGGUCAUCUUCAAGCCUCUGCGCCCACUGAAUGUGAGUCUGGACAUCUUCAGGCUUCCUCACACACUCGGGAGCAGGAAAGCCGAGACGCAGGUUUAACAUCGUUCCCUCAUCAGAAGAAGUCCUCUCACCUCCACUAGGACUCCUGAAGGCCCCUGGUAUAUAAUCAGGAAAAACAGGCUUGAAUAACCGUGUCAGCACUCCUACUUUAUCAGAAGGAUAGACAGAUCCUGUCCACUUAAACAAGAAAGCCGUCAUGUAAGCCACUUGCUGACUUUUCAGCAGAGAAAGGUCUGAGCGCUUGGUUCAAAAUUCCUCUGGUAUAAAGGAGAGGAUCUGUCCGCUUUAACAAGAGGACUUCUUGAUACUUGCUUACCUGUUGAGGACUCCACUCCAGCCUGCCUAGGUGCUAAUAUCAAGAAUUCAACGAAUGAUGCACCAGCAAGUCAGAGUUACUCACAUAUUGAACUUGGGACUGUACAAUUGUGGCGAGAGACGUUAUGGCCAUCUAAGAUGAGUCAGCAAUGAGUGUGGUUAUCUAAGAUGAGUUUACAAUGAGUGUGACGAUGUAAAAUGAGCGUAGAACUGUUAUGGAGAAGGCCUUAGCCACCAUAGUCAACAAUCAUGUAGAAGGAAGAUGCUUAAUCUGUCAGUGGUACCACCUCGAUGUUCUCUGGCUGAGUUCGUGAGGGAAUGUGAGUGUAUCACGAUAGUAGAGAAAGAUUAGCAGCACCGAGGAAGACCAGGAGGAGGAGGAGGAGGAAGGAUGUGCAGGUGGCCGUGCAGGUGGUGGCAGAGUGUGGUGCUGGUGGUGAUGGCGGUGUACUUAGUUCAAGCCGCCAUGAUACAGAAGAGGCGGAAGACAGCGCUGGUAGAGGGCGAUAUUCUCAUCGGCGCUCUGUUCUCCGUCCACCACCAGCCCAAACAGAAGAGUGCCUUCACUCUCACCUGUGGCGAGAUACGAGAGCAGUACGGCAUACAGCGGGUGGAGGCGGCCUUCAUGGCUAUAGACAAGAUCAAUGAAGACCCAAGACUGUUGCCCAACAUCACCCUGGGUGUGGAAAUCAGAGACUCCUGUUGGUACUCCUCCAUUGCCUUGGAACAAAGCAUAGAGUUCAUCAGAGACUCUCUGGCCUUCCCUAUCGGCAGCAGCACCAACAGCACACCCAAGUCUGAUGCUUGUAAGACCUCCGUCAGCACCAGCAAGCGUCUUGUGGGAGUCGUGGGUCCUGGCUCCUCAGACGUCACUAUACAGGUACAGAACCUACUGCAGCUCUUCGGUAUACCGCAAGUAGGGUACUCAGCCACCUCCAGGGACCUGAGUGACAAGUCCCGCUUCUCAUACUUCAUGCGGGUAGUUCCUUCAGAUUACUACCAGGCUCAGGUGAUGGUGGACAUCGUCAGGCAUUACAACUGGACCUACGUCUCAGCAGUACAUACUGACGGGAACUAUGGCCAGAGCGGCAUGACAGCCUUCAGAGAGCUGGCUGAAGGAAAUAAUAUUUGUAUCGCUAAGGAAGACUCUGUCCUGAGCAACGCUGAAGACGAGGCCUUCGAUAUGGUGAUUGAACAACUUCGGGAGGACCAGAGAGCUAAUGUUGUAGUGUGUUUUUGUGAAGGAAUGACCGUCAGGAACCUCCUGCUGGCGGCGCAGAGGAACAAUGUCACCUCUAGGUUCCUCUUCAUCGGCAGUGAUGGCUGGGCUGAUCGUUCAGACGUGGUGGCAGGUUUGGAAGAAGCAGCGGUGGGUGGCCUUUCCAUCAAGAUCAACAGCUCUUAUGUGUCUGAAUUCGACGACCAUUACUUCCAGCUGCACCCGGAGAAGAACGAUCGCAACCCGUGGUUCAGGGAGUUCUGGCAGAUGAGGUUCAAUUGUUCCCUGCCAGGGCAAGAGGAGAACUCCAAACUACCAGGCUGUUCUGGUAUGGAAUCCCUUCGUAAAGGCUACAAACAAGACACGAAGAUGGCGUUCGUGAUGAAGGCCAUCUACACCAUGGCCUGGGGUCUACACAACAUGCAGAAAGACCUAUGUCCCUCCACCCAAGGCCUAUGCGACGCCAUGCUCCCCGUUAAUGGAUCUUUAUAUAGGGACUACUUGAUGAACGUGACCUUCACCUACAACAACGAGUCCGUGACCUUCGACUCCCGGGGUGACCCACCUGGAAGGUACGACAUUAUGAACUACCAGCGCCUGGAAAACGGUAGCUUCGACUACAUCCCCGUUGGAACGUGGGACAACGGUACACUAGUGGUCCAUGAGGAACUGGUCAUCUUCAACAGUUCUGAUGGACUCCCUCCUAUCUCUGUCUGUUCUGAACCUUGCAGCUACAACGAGUACAAGAGCUUCGUAGAGACGGGAGACGACACACAGAGAUGCUGCUGGAUCUGUACACCGUGUGACAGAGAUGAAUACCUGAAGAACGAGACUGUCUGUCAGCGCUGUCAGCCAGGCUACUGGCCUAAUCUUAACAAGACAGGUUGUGACGCCAUCCCAGUGAAACAUAUCAUGUGGAGUGACGCCGAGUCCAUCGUGGCACUGAGUCUGGCAUCCCUGGGCUUCCUGGCAACCUGCUUCACUAUGCUUGUUUUUUUGAAGUACAAUCAUACUCCAGUUGUCAAGGCAUCAACACGAGAACUCUCAUACAUCAUCUUCGUGGGAAUGAUGGUAUCAUACAGCGCUACGCUGCCUCUUCUAGCGCGACCCUCCGGUCUGAGUUGCGUAGUGUCGGCAUCGCCGUCUAUCUUCGCCGGAUCUCCUGCGCUAGUUAAGCUGGUAUGUAACACAUCUCCACGGGGAAUCAUCGCGCCUAUGGGUUGGGAUUUCUUCCUGAUAGCUAUGUGUACUGUGUAUGCCAUCAAGACCAGGAACUUACCUGAGAACUUCAACGAGGCCAAGUUCAUUGGUUUCUCUAUGUAUACUACGUGUGUCAUCUGGAUGGCGUGGGUUCCCAUCUACUUCGGCAGUGACCACAAGAUCAUCUGCAUGAGUAUGUGUACUUCUCUCAGUGCUCUCGUCACCCUGGUCCUGCUCUUCUUCCCCAAGCUCUAUAUCAUCCUCUUCAGACCAGAGAAGAACGAUCGUUCGGCCUUCAAGACUGCUACCACUGUCCGAUGUCACAUUGGCUCGUCCAGCAAGGCUAGUCUGUCUCGUCCCUCCGAGCCCUCACCUAGUGCCGCUAUGGAAAGCAUGUACGUUGGAUCAGCCAUGCUGGGUAUUGGGCAGCCACAUCUCUCGCUCUUACAAAGGAUACGGUCUACCCUGGGCAUGCCUUUCAUCCCGCCACUAGGAUUGCUUCCCAGGGAUCCAUAUCCUCGCUCCUUACUCAGAAGGGAAAUCAGUGUUUGGAGUGACGCCAGUGGGAGCGUAGGGACGGGAGGCGUCACCAGUAACACAAGAGACAUGAUGUUGCGCAAGGCUUACGGCUCACAGCUCGACCUUGCAGGUGGGGACGGUGUGUGGUGCAGGGAAGAGCGAGGCUGUCAGACCACAGAUGAUCUCCUGGAUCCACUGAUCCCCAGGCUGAGGAGAAGAGUGGCUCGUGCAGUCAGAGAGAACGAGAUCGAUGUGUCAGAGGGCAGGGAGUUCUUCAGCAUCACCCACAACUGGAUGAACUCACAGGCCGAGGCAGCUAGACAUGCCAAGACGACUGAGAAGCAGAGGAAUGGUAGUGAUGACCGUCCUCCCAUCACUACCAUAGUCAGGGAAGACACAGCAAUGCCACAAGACAAGGAGCUCAAGGUAAAGGAACCUGUAACAUCUGUAAAGGAGCUCGGGAGUGAGAUCGCGGGGUCACCAUCUGGAACAGACCCGGGCCGGGACAGCACCGGUGAACCUAUUACUUACGGGGGUGAGAUUAAGUGUUCGUACCUCACAAGCCAGUAUUAUUCUUCUGGGGAACCUAAACAGCCGCCUAGUGACGCAGAAAAUGCAAUGCAACAGUCCCGGAUUACUGCAACAAGUGUGACUGAGGAAGACGAGGUUACAGUUGCAGAUCAGAAUGAGGAGACUAAUUAUAAGUUUUGCAGUCAAAGGUCGCCAUUACGACAAGAAAGUGAUAUGUGCAAUCACAACGUGUCUACAGUAAACAAUGUACAAGACAGUCAGUUUUCUAGUGAAAGUAACUUAUUACCCAGACUCUUUGGUUGUUCUGAUAGUCGAAGUGAGUUUUCGGUGCAUCGACAAAAUAUGACAGAUUCUCAAGUAGUGAACUUUGUUGGGUAUGGUUCAGUGAUGCCGUGUUCUGAAGACAGUACUUGGACCAAACCACGAUCAGUUAGUUGUGAUAACGGCAUAAUAUUCAAUAACAGAGUGGUUCCCUUCAGCCAAGGAACACAAACGGAAAUGGCCCUUGAAAAACAAGGUUGGGUGUCUAAUACUGACUGUAGGAAUCUUGUAGAUACAACCAGUGACACUAAUGAGAAAAUGGAUCUGUAUCAUAGAAGAAGGAAGGCUGGAGUGUCAGCCAAGGUGUCAAACAUUCGAGGUAUCCUCAAGUCUGUGAGGUUAUCUCCAUCAGAAAAGGAGUCUAGAGUAUCGUUUGGUUCUCAGUUUUCCCCUUCUACAAGAGUCACUACAGAAGAUGAGCUGCUGUCACCAAGUAUCGUUGAUGAAGAUUCCCAAACUUAUUUUCAAGAUGGGCUCAGACAUCAACAUCAAACUAUGGCUUAUGAUAAUUUGUGUAUGCAAAAACAUUCUGCAGCAGAGGAGGCUACUUUCAGUAUUCUCGAAGAAGCUCUCAGCUCCGAAAGUGACACUGAAGCUUCAGAUAACUGUGAACUAAAGACUAUAAUCAUUAGGUUAGGCAGUGAUGAGGUAGAUUUUGCUAAAGCACAGACCACCAGAUCCGAAGUGAAUGGUAAUAUAAUUAACUGGAGACCAAAGCUAGGAAAGAAUCACACGUUUUUACCUUACACCUCAUUGAACUAUAGCUACGACAAUCCUUCAGUUAAUACAGACACUGAAGUGCUGUGUAAUAUCCAAGAUGUGCCAGAUACAGAGGAUCCCGAUAACUCUGAAACUCUUCCCAAAGAGCAACAGGGAGACGAAGAACCGGGCAAAAAAUAUUCAGUAGACAAUGAAUUAGUCAUAUUAAACUUGCUACAUAGUACCUUACCACCCAAGUAUCCUAACAUUCAAGAAUCACAUCCUAACACUAUUUCCAUUACGUCAAAGACUUCUAGCGUUGAUGUGCCGUCAUUCAGUGACCAGGUAACAUCUGAAGACUCAGCCUCGAUGUCUUCAAAAUGCCUAACAAUAACGCCACCAGAACUCUAUAGAAACUAUCCUCCCAAACAACAUUCUCCCCCUCAAGAACCACUCACUCACUGUCUUCCACACACUAGCCUUCAAACUUCACCUCAUAAAUCCCCUCCAUCUCGUUCUGUCACAGAAACUGCAAUACUCACUCAUGUGACUACACACACGCUGAGACCUGUAGUUCAAGAAUACUGCUCAGCAGAGUUAACAGAGUUAAAGUGUCCUUCCUCUAAUUCUAGCAAUCUUUCUCCUACCCCUAGCAAUCUUCCCUCUACUUUAAGCAUUCUUUCAUCUACAACUACAAGUGCUCUACAAAAACCCUCGUCUGCAUCACACCUUCCUACUACCAAAACAAAAUGUAUCACAUCCGGAGAAGCACCAGUAUGUGUUAAUUCCUCCCUCAGCUCUGAGAGAGUACCAACCCCCCAGAGUACAGGCGCUGAGGAAGAUAGACUCACAGAUCUAAGAUUAUGUAGAACAGACACUGAUGAUGACACUGAUGAGAGUACAACACCAAUUAAGGAAUUCUUUCGAAUUCAUGGCAUUAAGUUUGAUGUCACUUCAACAAAAUCAAAAAAACUGUAAAAAAAAUAUUAUCUUCAUCUGGUUUUACAAAUCUCUUCCAGAUUUUUUGUAAAUAAAGCACUAUAUAUAAUACGUAUAUCAAAAAACAAUAAUAAAUUAUCUUCACAUAUACAUCAACAUAUACAUCACCAGUAGCUAGUUUAUCUUAGUAAAAAAGUUCUUAAAUAGUCAUAUUUCUUAAAAAGCUCAUUUGCUCAAUAUGAGACUAAUUCAAGUUAACUUACUGUCAUCUACAUAGAUUAUUUUAGAAUUAUUUAAUGGGACAUAUCAGUAGCUAGCGAUUCAAUACUAUUUUAGUGUUUAAUCUUCUUUGUUGUAAAGCUCAGAAUUCUCUGUAGCUAUGUACCUGUGUUUCCUCAAGAUAUAAUAGUUUACAGUACCAACACUUCCUCAAAAUAUAAUAGUUACCGUGCCAAUAUUUCAUCAAAAUAUAAUAGUUUAUUCUACAAACAUUUCGUCAACUUUCUCAAUCAUACUGACAGAGAGACGUGUUAAGAAUCCACUGCCUAAGUGUUCUAUAUGUGCUUCUAAUUUUAAAAUGAUUAAAUGAAUAGUGAACAAUUUUGUCACUGUCAUGGCGUUUAACAUAGUGUUUAAUACAAGCGUUGUAAGCUGCGUUUACACUAUGUAAAUUUCAGUAUGCAUUAACGUAGCAGUAAGAAUUAAAGUAGUAUAUACAAUUCUGAUAUUUAGAAUUGUAUAUAAUGCACUAAAGGAGUACUGGGAACCGAACUGGUAGCUUCGUAUCUGCAGGUCUGUUCCUUACAUAAUGUAUAGAUUUUUUUAUCACCAAGGAAAUCUGCUCUUAACAAAAAUAAUUAGUAAACCACUCCAAAUCACCCCGAAAAUAAUGGAAGGGAGGACCCUCUAGGGCCUGGAUGAGAGAAAACUUGCUAGCUAAGAUAUAUAGGUUAGAAGUGCUAUAAGUCAGAUAGUUGAAACUAACUCUUGUCUAACAAAACUAUUGAUACUGGACAGAAUACCUUACCUCAGGUUUUGUAAAAUUUAUGAACUAAGAUCAGUGUUGUACCAGAGUACAGCAUAAUUCUGUAGUUCCCACUGUAGGUGGUCAGGUAUCAAAAUGCAAUAUUCCGAGGCUGGAAUAGGCUUCCUGAUCAUGUCAGCACCUGUAAUAAUAUAAAUCAGUUUAGGACUAAAUGUAAAUGGCAUAGAUAUAACCCUAAUUUUUCAAGGGGUGGAAGGGUAAGCCAGCGGAAGGCCUCGGUCAGAUGAUCAGAAACUCCAACUGCGGGUCAUCAUAUACCUAAGACCCGCGUCAGGAAACACUUGUCCUGUUUCCUGACGAAUCUUACCUAACCUAACCGUGAGGGUAUCAAUGAAUCAGGCCAUUUCUGAGUGUUCCACCAAGCUGGGGUAGUCUUGUAUGUUUACCACCACCUAUUGGAUCCUUACUUGACGAAAAUCAAUGUUAUCAGUUUCUACCUCUUCCCUGACGAGCAGGUUAGGAAAACAUCAUCAGGAAACAGGAUUGGAGUUUCCUGAUGCCGGUUAUAGUCAAAUGACCUGCUACUGAAGCUGUGGAAAAUAAUUUCCCAAAAUUAUGCUGUGUAAAUAAACCUGAUUAAUACGUUACUAUUGUUCUGUUGAGUGCAUUUUAAAUAAGAGAAUUGACAGGGAAGCUCUGCGCCUGCGCUGACGAGCAGGGAGGAGUCACCACUGGUUUUUUUUUUUUAAUGUAGUACAGACACGCUAAUAAAAUGUGCUUAAUUUUCGUCGCACUUGGGGUUAUCUUGGGCUUAAAUCCUCUCAAAUAGGAGCCGAAAUUGGUGAAUGUGCAGUCCUGCAUAACUUGAAUAUUAAGUAGAUGGACAGGACAGCUCCAGGAACCCCAGCUAAGUGUCUACGUUUAUGUUUAGAAGUUCUGGCCAGUAAAUUCUUCAUAAAUGUUGACAGGGGUGGUUUUGAGUAUGAUACACAGUAAUCUCCAGUCAAAUUGGUGAGUGUUAAGAUUAUAAAUUCUCCUGUUACAUAAAUGUGUAUAUGUAGACAUUUAUUAAUUUUAACAUAGUCCACAAAUUUAUAUUGAUGUUUACCAGAAUUCCUGGUAAUGUAUAUUUCAUUUGAAAUUAAUAUAGGUCAAGAGUGACUUGUAGAUAUGACAGUAGUAGGUAUCGAAGGGGACAUUUUUGCGACCUAGGUGUCCCAAAAUUCCUACUUGUCUAUGUAACUUUGAUAAAUAAUAAUUAUCUUUGUUACCAUUUACUGGUAUGUAUCUAAUGAGAUACAUCCAGGUAAAUUUAAUUUUCCACAGAAGCUAUUGGUCAUCUGACCGAGGCCUUCCGUUGGCUUCCGCUGGCAAAACACCAGACUCCAUAUAAAAAUGUACUGAACAACAGUUGGGGCUGAGAGUUCCGAAACUCAUGUGAAAUUUGCUAAAUUUACUACUGCUGGUGCUGACCAAAACAUCGAUGAACAAUCUAUGGGUAACAUGGUAUAGUUAUGGACUCGCGUAUGCAGGUCCGCCAGUUCGACCCACAGUACUCCUUACACAAUAUAUUAAAUCCACAAUGUGGUGAGAUUCUCACAAAAAAGGUGAUAUCAAAUAUGCAAGAUAAUCACAGCCAAAGGCCUCUCUAAGUAUUUACAUAUCAGAGACAUCGUUAACUCUAAUGAUGUCCCUCUCAGUGUUGCAAAGUAGUUACAGAAGCUUUUAACUGUG